AUGAGUAGUCAUCUUAUUAAUGUUAUUUUGCUUGGUUUGGCUUUUAUGCUUUUAUAUACAGCAUUUCAUGCUACAACCAUGCUUGCACAAAGUGUGUUCGAAGGUAUCAAGAAUGAAACAAUCAAUGGUACAAAUUUUGAAGGUGGUGGUUACAUCAGUCUUGGCAUUGCUAGUGCAUGCAUGGCUAUUGCUAAUAUAUUUGCACCAGUUAUCAUAUCGAUAUUGGGACCAUCUAUUUCCAUGUUCAUGGGUGGAUCAACGUUUCUUUUGUAUGUUCUUUCAUUUCUCUUUCCAAUGAUCUGGUCUUUUUAUUUGGUAUCGAUUUUACUCGGUAUCGGUGCAGCUAUUCUGUGGACAGCACAAGGUACCUAUCUAGCAUUAUAUUCCGAUGAAAUGACAGUGAGUCGUAAUGCAGGUAUCUUCUGGGCUUUAUUACAAAUCGGCUAUCUUCCUGGUAAUUUGUUUGUGUAUUUAUCGAUCAAUACAGAAACCAUCACUCGAUCAACACGAUAUCCAUUGUUUGCUGUUUUUUCUAUCGUUUGUGCUGUUGGUCUUGCUUUUUUUGCUCUGAUUAUUUGGCGUACAUUUAUUGAACACCGUCAAUCAAAUUUACAAUCAUCUAAUAAAGAAGAAAAAAUAACCAUGGCCAAUAUUAUUGAAACGUUAAAAAUUGCUGUUCGACUUUUGAAAACUCGAAAUAUGCUUCUUCUUCUAAUUUCAUUUGCAUAUACGGGCUUCUCACAAACUCUCUUUCAAACUGUUUAUCCAACAUGUAUUGGUCAUUUCAUCAAGUAUGGAGGUACUCGAAAACGAUUGAUUGGUUUACACGGUGUGUUGUUGGGUGUCGGUGAGAUUUUGGGUGGUGGUCUAUUCGGAUUCAUUACAAAGCCAAAGACAUCAUCACAACGUGGUCUAAUCAUAUUUAUUGGUUUCGUCUUACAAAUCGUCUUCUAUUAUUCAGUAUUUAUUAAUUUUCCUUUCGAUUCACCAGCAAAAGAGACCAAUAGUAAGCCAUAUUUUAAAUUCGAUUCGUUGACAAGUCAAAUUAUAGCUUUCAUUGGUUCAUUUUUAGUUGGUCUCGGUGAUAGUAGUUUAAACAUUCAGAAGUCUCAAUUACCUCAAUCCAUUCUUCCUUGGCAAUUACUCACAUAUAUCUACCAAAAAGUUGUUACUCGAGAGGAUAUUUAUGCUCAGGUCUUUGUUAAUCAUUUGACUGAAAUCAAAUGUGUUAUAAUACUUUAUUCUACACCUGGUCUUGUUCCCCAUUGGAAUGUUGUUCAAAACUAUACUCGAAAUAUUGCAAUUGCUUUCGAUAGAGAAUAUACAAAUGAUAUUCUACUUGAGCUGUUAAAAAAAUGUGUUCCAUGGAAACAGAAACUCAAUUUUUGUGGUAUUGAUCAACGUUAUAUCACACCAGUGAUCGAACAAUUUGUGACAGAGAAGAAACUUGGUAACUACGAAAUAUUGACACAUAUUCAAUUUGAACUAGACCAAAGUGUAUUUUUGGAAAAAUCGAAAAUACUCCCAUCAACAGUUCCAGAAGGAAUUGAAAUUCGACAAUUGAAAUCAGAAGAUGCGCCGUUGAUGGUCGAGGCUUGGAAGUAUAAAUCAGAUGAUCUGUAUUCAGUUGCUCAAGCUCAAUUUUGUAUCGAAAAUUUAUGCAGCAUGGGUGCUUAUCGUAGUGGCAAACUUCUUUGUUGGCGACUCUUGUUAUACGAUGGUUCUUUCGACAUGGCGUAUACCAUUCCUGAAGCUCGUCGACUUGGACUCUCGUCUUUAUUGAGUGUUCGGUUGACAGCAGAAAUAUUCAAAAGACAGGAACGUGUAUUUGGUUAUACAGCUUUAAAUAAUCGAAAAUCAUUGGGAUUAGCAGCUAAAAUGGGCUUUCGUGAGACAGGCAUAAGUGACUGGAUUCAAUUUGAACCAAUUGACACCUGCGUACAAAAAGAUUUACACCCUCAUAUACUAAAAUCUUCCAUUUAA